AUGACACAUGUAAAUAAAUAAAAUCAGCUGAUUUGAGGUAUUUUCAUUUUCAUUGCUUGUUGCGGGUACUUUUUUAAUUUAAUUAUCAGUGAUCUAAUUUGACGAUUAUAACAAUUCUCAAAUCGAAUUAGGUCAAAUGCACCUAUUCGAUGCGACAAUGGAAAAAACCAGUGAUAAAUAUGAACUUAUCGAAAACCUUCUGGACAUGACACAAUCAGAGUAUUAUGUGUACAAGGUUCUAGAUUAUACUUCCAGAUACAACUAUUCCAACAGUUACUAUUAUUCUCCUAGUAAUCUAGUCGGAAAAUACGAAAAAUACCCUGCUUAUGGAGAUUUUCCAGAAGCUUAUUGUCUAAGGUCUUACGGAAAGUGGUGGAAGAAAAGUGAAGGCUAUCAAUGGAACUAUUCACUCCAAGAUUUUGACCCUCUUGGAGCUGAAGAUUACAUCACUUUAGAAUUUGAUGGUGCUGUUGUGCCAAGAGACAUUUGUAUUUAUGAAAUAUACAAUCCUGGAGCUGUUGUACGAAUUUGGGGAAAAUUGUCCAGCAAAUCUGAACUGCAAUGGAUUCUGCUGUGGGAAGGUUUGCCUCAAUCAACUCCACAUCACUCCAGAAUAUUUCAUCCUCAAAUAAAGCUGAUAAACCGUUUGAUAAAUGUUGUGCGCUUGGAGUUUAAUCAGAGCCACCUAGAAUAUCACUGUUCCAUAGAUGCUGUUUUGUUAGGAGGGUACCAACCAAAAAGUAAUCUGUUAUUUAAUAUUAUGCAAAAAGAUUUGGUGGACCAUUUUCAAAUAGACAAUGCUGCAAUUGAGUACUCUGGUCCUGAGGAAAAUUGUACUGAGGGGGAUUGUGGAGAUUCAAUAUCAUGUUUACCAUAUGAAGUUAUCAUCCACAUAUUUCAGUAUUUAGAUUUGAAGUCUCUGAGUAGGUGUGCCCAAGUGAACAAAAGAUGGAAUGAAGCUUCUGCUGAUUCUUUUCUUUACCAAAACUUGAGUUUGAAGUUUUAUUGGUACCUGGUAAAUUGUGAUACACUUCAGUAUUUCAUGAAGAAAUGCAAAACUCUUAAGAAACUAGAUUUAUCAUGGUGCGGAAAUGAUAUUGACGGUUUUGAUCAACAAUUAGCUAUAUAUUUAGGUGCAAAUUCAAAUAGUCUGACCCAUCUGUCCUUGGGAAACUGUAAAUACAUCAAUUACGAAAUUAUGAUGGAGUUGUCUUGUUGCAGAGAAUUAGUAGACUUGAGACUGAAGAAUACUAAUUCUUGUUUCGAUCACCGAUAUCCGUCCCUGCAUUUCCUGAAUAAAUUGGUGGCAUUGGAUUUGACAGCUUCCGAUAUUCAAGACGACGACCUCAUCAACAUACUCAAGGCGAAUCCGCAUUUGAAGCAUGUCAUAAUAGAUUUGUGCGAGAAUUUGUCUCGACUAGACCAAGUCGUCGAGACUUUGGUAGAUCACAAUCGAGAAAUAACCACGUGGAGCUCGUGGAAGACGCUGUCUUUGACGGCGGACGGCGUCAGACGUUUCGGCCAAUGUCCGACCAUCAGGGAACUCGAUCUCGGCUGGUGCAUGAUCAGCAAGGACCCGGGGAAUUGUUUGUCGUUCAUAGCUGAAGGGUGUCCGCAACUGAAAAGGUUGAUAUUAUCGGAAUGGAGAGGACUCAACGAUCAUCUUUUACUGCCCGUAGUUAGAUCGUGCAAAGAAUUGACACAACUUGAUUUCAUGGGCAUCAAAAAUAUUUCCGGCGAUAUUUGCGAAAAGGCUUUGCUUCUCCUACCCAAGCUCAGGCUCCUGGAUAUCAGUUUCUGUGAUUCUAUCAGACAUGAUGAGGUUGAUAUUUGGCGCCAGCAAUAUCCACACAUCACCAUCCAAAGAAGUUGCGAAUAUGUAGCAAACGAUUACCUGAACUGACUUAGAUAUAAAUUAAAAUGUGAUGCUCGAAGCUUUAGAAUUAAGAAUAAGUGAAGGUAUGUAUAGUUGAAAGUAGUAUUGGUGCUGGUAUUUUUCUUCUUUCACUUCCUUACAAACUGUUUAGAAAUAACUUAAGUCACCCGACAAAGAUGUAUAAAGAACCGAAGGUGCAGUAAUUUCAAGAGAUUAUUCACGUUGAUGAUACAAGGUGUUUCAGUUAAUUUCAAAAUAUGGACCAAAUUCCCUAAAAAUAAUUUCGUAUUGGAAUUUGUUAUUCCGAUUUUCUUAAAUCAUAGUGUGUAGGUCUGUAGUAGAUGUAGAAACAUCUAAUAUAUUAUAAAAUUCUCCUGUCCCGGUCACGGUGUUAGUGGUCGAAGUCCUCCGAAAUGGCUCGACCGGUUGGUAUGACAUUUUUUGUGCGUAUUCGGUAGGUAUGAGAGUCGGUCGUAAUCUAUUUUUUAAAUCGAAAAUUCAAGAUGGCGGAUCCAAUAUGGCGGACGAGUAUUGUUAUCCGAUUUCAUUCAAGAUUGGUAUUUGGGGGGUUUUCGCGGUCGGAGAUUAAGAUUCCUUCAUCAAAAUUAGGAAAUUCAAAAUGGCGGAUCCAAUAUGGCGGACGAGUUUUGUUUUUAUGGUUAGAUUCUAUUCAAAGUUGGUAUCUGGAGGUUUUAGAGGUCGGAGAUAUGAAUCAUUUAUCAAAAUGAAGAAAUUCAAAAUGGCGGAUCCAAUAUGGCGGACGAGUUUUGUAAUUAUGGUCAGAUUCUAUUCAAAAUUGAUAUCGGGUGGUUUUCGGGGUCGGAGAUAAUGAUUCUUUCGUCAAAAUUUGGAAAUUCAAGAUGGCGGAUCCAAUAUGGCGGACGAGUUUUGUAAAUAUGAUCCGAUUCCAUUCAAAAUUUGUAUCUGGGUGAUUUUCGGGUCGGAGAUUAUGAUUCUUUCAUCAAAAUUAGGAAAUUGAAGAUGGAGGAUCAAAUAUGGCGGACGGGUUUUGUAAUUAUGAUCCGAUUCUAUUCAAAAUCUGUAUCUGUGGGUUUUCGGGGUGGAAGAUUAAAAUCAUGAAAUUGGGAAAUUCAAGAUGGCGGAUCCAAUAUGGUGAAAGAACUUUGUAAUAAAUAGUAGUUUGGAAAACUAUAAUGGAACACGCUUUUAUAGAUUGCCAAACCCGAGGCCAAACUGAAUAGAAGUAGAAAAUUGAUAGUAUACUUUGAAAAACGAGAUAGAUUGUCGAACUAAAAAGAAGUAGAAAAUAAAUAUUGUAGUUUGAAAUACUAAUCUAACAAGAUUUCAUGGAUAUCCAAACUAAAAAGGAGUUCUAAACAAAAUAAUAAAAGUGUACUGAUGCAUAUUUAACUAAAAAAAUAUUUUCUAGAAGAAAAUGUACACAGCAAAACGUCGUGUGCCAGGUAUCAG